AUGAUACGACGCCCGCGGCAGUCAUGGAGCGUCUCGCGAACGGUGCUCGUUCAACUCCUCCGACAACUUGUAUAUAUCACCGCGAAAACAGGCCCUAUCUUGCCAUGGGAGGAACCCAGCCAUAGAAAACUCGUGCCCAACUCAGGCGGCGUCUGGGUCGAGCCAUUGCCGUCGUCGGAAAUUUCUGACGAGCUACGGAUGCUCGCCUCCGCGUCGAGGGCAGUUCCAGUUCGCAUACCAGGGUAUUGGAUACCAGCAAACUCAUCAUUGUCGCCGGCGAAGAGAGGGGAGAAGGUUCUGUAUUCGCUACAUGGUGGAGGAUACUAUGAAGGCACUGCACACCCAUCGAGCCUUCUGGCUACCAUUCCAGCCACCAUUCUCAAAAGCUGCCCGUCUGUCACUCGUGCAUUCGCCAUCGAAUAUCGUCUUUCAACGAUCCAUGAAAAUGCAUUCCCUGCUGCACUGUUCGAUGCGCUAUCGGGGUACCAUUACCUGGUCAACACCCUUCACAUAUCUCCCAUUGACAUUAUCGUCGAGGGAGACUCGGCUGGAGGGAAUCUCGCUCUUGCCCUCACACGAUAUCUUGUCUCAAACAGGACAAAUCUCCCCGUGCCGUCUUCAUUGCUACUUCUCUCUCCUUGGUGCGAUGUUGGGUUAUCCCAUGACGUGCCGUUAUCACCAAGCACCCUGAAGCUACACGUCGACUAUGAUCCCGAACCCCAUGGCAUUGACGACGCUAAACGGGCUUUCUUAGGGCCCAAUGGGUGGGGCGCAGCAGAAAUUAAUCCAUACAUAUCGCCCGCGUCCCGUAAUCCGGCGCUCAGCAUUCACUUCAAGGGAUUCCCGCCGACAUUCAUUGUCGCGGGGGGUGCUGAGAACCUUGUACCUCAAAUACAUCUGCUAAGAGACCGAAUGCAAAAGGAUUUAGGCUCGAAACUAAGGUAUUUUGAAGCUGAAGGAGGGUCUCAUGAUUAUAUUCUAUUUUCCUGGCAGGAGCCAGAGAGAAGUAAUGCGCUCAGAGAGAUUGCAGACUGGAUUUCCACAUAG